AUGUCUGGCCCAACCGAUGAACCUAAUCCAGGCACUUCAAAUGAAUAUCAGGAAGAACCAAUGUAUAUAGUUGAUCCGAGUACUUCCAGACGAGGUCGAAAACGGCCAAUUGAUGAACUUGGUCCAAAUAUUUCUGAACAAGAUUGGAAAGCCAUAAUUGAUAGACCUGAUCCAGGAAUUCCAAAAGACUGGCAAGACUUGGUUGAUGCAGUCAAUUCAAAUAUUCUCAAAGACCAGCAACAAUCAAUUGAUCAACCCAGUCCGAGCACUCCCAAACGAGGUCGAAAACGGCCGAUUGAUGAACACGGUUCAAACAUUUCCAAACAAGAUCAGCAACAAUCGAUGAAUCAACCCGGUCCGAGUGCUUCCAAACAAAGUCGGAAACAAUCAACUAAUGAACCCGGUCUCGUAUUUCCCGACAAAAACUGGCAACGCUUAAUAGAUGAAGCUGAUUCAAACACUUUUGAAGAAUGGCAAGAACUGUUUGAUAUAGCUGGUUUAAAUACUCCCAACCAAAAUGAACAACAACCAAUGAUUCAGUCCAAUCCAAGCACUUCCAGUCAAGACCAACAGCAAUAUUCAACGGAUACAAUUGAUUCAAGCAUUCUUGACGAAAACUGGAUAGACCUAUUUGAUAUAGCUGAUUCAAGCACUCCCAACCAAGUUUCUGGUCCAAUUGAUCAAGACGGUCUAAACACUUUCGAUCAAACCCAGCAACAUCCAGUGGAUGCAAUUGGUUUAAGCAUUUCCAACGAAGACUGGCAAGAAAUAAUUGAUGCAGCCAAUCCAACUACUUCCAACCAAGACCAACAACAAUCAAUGGAUCAAUCCAAUACAAGCACUUCCAGCCAAGACCAACACCAACCGACGGAUGAAAACGAGUCAGAUAAUGCUGUUUCAGAUCAAGUGACUGGAUUAAGUGAACAGAGUCAGAGAACCUUUGAUGGUAUAAAUCAAAGACUUGUAGCAUCUAAAGUAACACGAGACAAAAAAUACAAAGAAUAUCAUGAAUAUAUAGCUCUUGGAUUGAGACAACGGUUAGCGUUGUCAAGCGAAGAGACGUCUGAAUUAGGGUACAACCCAAAAACUGAAAUACGAUUGAAACAUGAUACUUUGAUCAAAAGCCAUCAUCACACUGUAACGGACGCUCAGAUCAAUGUAGACCGAAUGGCUCAUCAUGUAUUUAGCGAUUCAGAUGUUCUUGAUAAAGUGAUGGUAAAACAGCACACAUUACAGCAUAAAUUGUAUCAAAUGGUAAUGAGUGCCGAUGUAGACGCCAAACAUGUUAAAUAUAUCAUACUAUGA